ACUGAUGAUGGGUACAUAGACGGCACUGACUGGCAUCACUGCUGGGCACUGACUGGCGGCACUGACUGGCACAACCCCUGGGCACUGACUGGUGGCACUGACUGGCAGCACUGCUGGGCUGCACUGGUGGGUGGCACUGGUGGGCAGCACUGGUGGGUGGGCACAGGUGGGUGGCACUGGUGGACACAGGUGGGUGGGCACAGGUGGGUGGCACUGCUGGGCACAAGUAGAGUGGCACAGGUGGGUGCACUGCUGGGCACAGGUGGGUGCAUGCUGGGCACAGGUGGGUGAUCUGCUGGGCACAGGUGGGCG